GUCCUGUUGAAAGAGGUGCAUGACAAGGCUCGUUGCGAUAAUUUUGAGUUGCUAACAUAGUUACAGGCAGUAAAGCGAUUUUUGAAGGAGUUGAUUGACGAUGAAAAAGAUGAAGUGCGGUCCUUCACAACACUUCUUUCGGUGCGUGUGGCCCUGUGAGCCGGGUAUGGACUGGCUGCCCCAAAAGUUUGGGGGAGUAGUGGCAUGCACACUGGGCCUUCGCUAACGGGCUUUUCAUUACAGCUUUUUGAUGAUGCCCAGCAAGAAUUCUCUGCUGAAGGGUAUCCCACCCUCUGCCUUGUUAUACCUGCACUCGAGCGACUCCAUCGCAAUCUCAGCAAAAGCCUCAAUGCCCUGGAAUAUGCUCCGUUUCCUGAGGCCAUCCAGGUCAGCCUAGCUGCUAUUGAACGCCAUUACUUUCGCGUCGAAAACUCGGAUGCCUAUAUCAUUUGUUCAGGUCAGUGAAGUGCUCUGUAUUCAUUCGUCAUAUAUCCUUAUGCCAUUUCUUAUCAGUUCUUGAUCCAUCUCAGAAGAUGUCUUAGUUCGACAAUGAAUGGGAUGAGGAUGCGCGCAGCAAAGAUUGGAAUCUUGUUCGGAACAAGGCAUGUGUC